AUGCCUGAGACCACGCCCAGGUACAGCCCCCAGCGUAGCCCCGCCCCAUCCAACACCACGCCCACCACGCCCAACUACCGCCCCCAGCGCGGCCCCCACCCAGCGCUCGACUCCCUUGAUCCCGCCCCCCAAGUCCCAGGCCCCGCCCCGACGCGACCCCGCCCCGCGCGCCUCACAGCGUCCCAAUGGCCGGGCGGGGGCGGAUGGGGCCGCGGGUGGGGGCGGGGGCCUCUGUUUCUAGACUCAUGUCCCCAAUCCCAACUCGGACACCUGCAGAAGAAGAAGACGCCCCCCAAGAGGGAGCGGAAGCCGUCCGGAGGCAGCUCGCGGGGCAACAGCCGCCCUGGCACGCCCAGCGCCGAGAGCAGCAGCACGUCCUCCACCCUGCGGGCUGCCGCCACCAAACUAGAGCAAGGGAAGCGGACGAGCGAGCCGCCGGCCGCCAAGCGCUUACGGCUGGAUCCCGGGCCCCAGAGCCUGUCCGGGAAGUCGACCCCCCAGCCGCCGUCGGGGAAGUCGACGCCCAGCAGCGGUGACGUGCAGGUGACUGAGGACGCUGUGCGCCGCUACCUGACGCGAAAGCCCAUGACCACCAAGGACCUGCUGAAAAAGUUCCAGACCAAGAAGACGGGGCUGAGCAGCGAGCAGACAGUGAAUGUGCUGGCGCAGAUCCUCAAGCGCCUCAACCCGGAGCGCAAGAUGAUCAACGACAAGAUGCACUUCUCCCUGAAGGAGUGACAGCCUGCUGCCACUGCCCUCCCAAUAAAUAGGCUCUGCUCUCCAGAACUUCUCAGACUGCCACGUUCCGCGUGCUCACCGAACCCGCGUGCGCGUCCACUGCCUAUCUGUGGUUCUGCUCCCUGAGCCUGGGACCUUGGUGCUACCAAUUCUGGAAGAGCCUGAGCAGUUCCCUCCUCCAUUUGCUUCUCCCCAGCUCCUCCUUCUGGAACCUUUAGACGCCUGUUAGAUCAUCUCAUUCUCCUCACGGCUCAUCCCUGCACACUGAGCGUGCCUCUGUGCUGCCACUGGGUAGCCUUUUUUUCUUUUUGGUGGCUCUCUGGUGCGGGGAUCCGAACCGUUGACCUUGGUGGUGUUAUCACUAGGCUCUACCCAGCUGAGCUAAUUGGUGAGCCCAACCACUGGGUAACUGCAGCUCUGCCUUCCCCUUCACUAAUUCUCUCUUUAGCAUUUGCUUAUUUACCUUGUAACCCAGUAAAUGGUUUCAGUGACUCCA